UCCGCUCUUCCUCCAAGUCCAGCGCUCACCAGCAUCAGGAACUCGGACCGGCAGAGAUGGCGAACUCCACAGUGAGCGUGGCAGUGAACGGCCCCAGGAAGACGCGCAUGCACCGCCUCAUCGAGGAGGAAGGCAUCGUGCUGAUGCCGGGGAUCUACGACGCGCUCUCGGCGGCCGUCCUCCAGAGCUUGGGCUUCCGCGCCGGCUUCAUCUCCGGCUACGCCGUCUCCGCCUCCCGCCUCGGGAUGCCCGAUAUCGGCCUCCUCACACCGCCGGAGAUGGCGGACGCAGCUCGAGCUAUUUGUGCCGCGGCUCCUAACGUUGCCUUCAUCGUCGACGCUGACACGGGAGGUGGCAACGCUCUCAAUGUGCAAAGGACUGUUAGAGAUUUUAUGACUACUGGUGCUGCUGGCUUGUUUCUCGAGGAUCAAGUUUGGCCGAAGAAGUGUGGACAUAUGCAGGGUAAACAGGUGAUACCUGCUCAUGAGCAUGCCGCAAAGAUAGCAGCCGCAAGAGAAGCCAUUGGGGACUCUGACUUCUUUCUCAUCGCUCGAACUGAUGCUCGUGCAACCGCCGGUGGCCUAUCUGACGCCAUUGCACGGGCUAACCUCUACAUGGAGGCAGGAGCAGAUGCGUGCUUCGUGGAGGCACCGCGGAGCGACGACGAGAUGAGGGAGGUCUGCAAGCGUACCAAUGGUUUCAGGGCUGCCAACAUGCUGGAGGGCGGGUACACCCCCCUGCACACGCCACAGGAGCUCAAGGAACUGGGAUUCCACCUCAUAGUGCACUCCACCACCGCCGUCUACGCGUCGGCUCGCGCGUUGAUCGACGUCCUCAAAGUGAUGAAGGAAGAAGGCACCAGCAGAGACCAACUCCACAAGCUUACCACCUUCGAGGAGUUCAACAGUUUGAUCGGACUGAAGAAACUAAACGAGAUCGGAGCCCGAUACGACAAGUUCCGAGUUCCCCCGAACUGAACGCAUGAAGGAUCACAGCAGCAAUGGCAUAGUUCAUGGAAUUCGUUUCGGGAAAAUAAGUAGUCUACUCUUGUAGAGGCGUCUUCUAAGUUUUAAGCUGCCUCCGUUCGGUGUGGUCUUAAGCUACUCUUGUGAGAGCUUGUCUUCCUGUCGUUUUUGUUGGGGUGUAGUAAUGGUUGCUUGCUUUGGUCUUGUCGUUGGUCCAUAUCAUUGAAGCUGCAGCACGCUUUCGGUAUUUUCAAUAAGAAUCAAUAAAAUGAGCUUAUGAUA